CAACAAGGAGAGGCGUUAUGAGUGUGACGUGUGUGGCAAGGCCUGGCAGCGCCCGAGCGAGCUGGAGAUCCACCGGCGGAUGCACACGGGAGAACGCCCCUUAGACUGCUCGGAGUGCGACAAGAGCUUCGCCAGAUCCAGUACCCUGCUGCUGCACAGCCGCGUGCACUCCAGCGAGAGGCCCUUCACCUGCUCCGACUGCGGCAAGACCUUCAAGACGGCGAAUCACCUGAAGGUGCACAGGCGCCUACCCACCGGGGAGCGGCCCUUCACCUGUAGCGACUGCGGCAAAUGCUUCACCCAAUCCAAGAACCUGCAGAUGCACCAGCGCACCCACACCGGCGAGCGGCCGUACAACUGUGCCCAGUGCGGCAAGGGCUUCACCCAGUCCCGCAGCAUGCAGAAGCACCAGCGCACACACACCGACGAGUGGCCCUACAUCUGUGCCCAGUGCGGCAAGGGCUUCACCAGCUCCACCAAGCUGCUGAAGCACCAGCGCACUCACACCGACGAGCGCCCCUACACCUGUGCCCAGUGCGGCAAGGGCUUCAACCAGUCCAGCAACCUGCUGGUGCACCAGCGCACUCACACCGGCGAGCGCCCCUACACAUGUGCCCAGUGCGGCAAGGACUUCACCUGCUCCAAUAUUCUGCUGAAGCACCAUCGCACCCACACCGGCGAGCGUCCCUACACCUGCAACCAGUGCGGCAAGGGCUUCCUCUGCUCCUCCGACUUGCUGAAGCACCAGCGCACCCACAUCGACGAGCGUCCCUACACCUGCAACCAGUGCGGCAAGGGCUUCACCUGCCCCAGCAGUCUGCUGGUGCACCAGCGCACCCACACUGGCGAGCGUCCCUACACCUGCAACCAGUGCGACAAGGGCUUCACCCGCUCCAGCAGUCUGCUGAAGCACCAGCGCACCCACACCGGCGAGCGCCCCUUCACCUGCGCCCAGUGCGGCCGGGACUUCACCCACUCCAGCAGUCUGCUGAAGCACCAGCGCACCCACACCGGCGAGCGCCCCUACACCUGUGCCCAGUGCGGCAAGGGCUUCACCUGCUCCAGCAACCUGCUGGUGCACCAGCGCACCCACACCGACGAGCGCCCCUACACCUGCGCCCAGUGCGGCAAGGGUUUCACCCAGUCCCACAACCUGCUGAGGCACCAGCGCACCCACACCGGCGAGCGACCCUACACCUGCGCCCAGUGCGGCAAGGGUUUCACCCAGUCACACAACCUGCUGUCCCACCAGCGAGUGCACGCCAGCAACCGUCCCGUCCCCAGCCCGUUUGUGAUCGAUAUAACCAUAGCAUGA